AUGAAAGCCCUGAAGUCCUUCCGCUCGCAGGAGGCCGCGGAGGCCGCGGAGGCCGCGGAGGCCACGGAGGCCAGGGAGGAACAGCUCGGAAAGGAACGCCUCGACGGGCGGAGGAGACAGCUCGUCGCUUACGCAGAGAGCAUGUGCAACGUUACCUGCAACACCCGCCAGUUUGCCAAAUUCCCCUCUACAACGGAGGCGUACCGCACCCGCCAGACAACAGAACCGUUUCGCCAAACUUUGCUAUUUGUUUUGAUUUGUCUUGGAUGCUGUCCGACCUUCCGGACCUUCGCCCGGGGGCUCUCUGGGGAGCCGGUGCUUCCUGAGCGAAAAGAGCGUCCUGGGCGGAAGGCACUGGAGAGGGUGGUCGAUUUUGACAUCUCAGGUAUUGCUGCCUACGAGACAGUGAGUGUGCUCCAGCAUCCUGAGCUGCAGCUGGCGCUCCAAUCCGGCGACGUGGAGGCCGUGCGCUUCUUCGCUGCCGAGCCCGGCGCCGGCCUGAGCCUCCUCUGCCUCCCAAGCGGGAAGUCGACGCCGCUGGAGCUGGCCGUGAGAGGCAUUGGCAACGUCAGGAAUGGAGGGAAUGGAGAUCGGAAUGAAGACGGGAAAGGAAUUCGGCAGGGAGGGAAAGAUGGAGGGAAAGAUGGCGAGGAAGCGGUGGGCGAAGGACUCGCGCUGGCCGGAGCCCUCUUCGAGGCGCCCAACUCCGAGCUGGCGCUGGGGCUGGCGCGGCUCCGGAGGCGCCUGGCCUUGGAGGCCCAGAGCUUGCCUCGCCUUGCAAGCUACUGGUAUUUUAAUAGCUCUGACGGCUCCGAUGGCCUGGAGGCACUCAGGCAAAUGGUGCCCAGAGCUCUCUACCCCACGGCAGCAGAGCGGGAAAGCCUUGGCGACAUUCCCUACAACUGGCUCACCUUCUACCAGGUCAAGGUCAUGUGUGCCAAUGCGCACAGCACCCAAAAUGCAUCCAUGCGACGGGAGAUGGAACUGCUUCUGUCAGCACAGGGCUUCGAUUCUUUUGCAAGGAACUACUCGUUGGGGGCCAUCCUUCUGUCUCUGAUACUUUUCGUUUUCGGCCUCUUGGUUUAUGUGUCCUUCCGGCUUCGUGUUUUCGGAUGGCUGGACACUCCUAUUUCGAUGGCCGAGAUGCUUCCAGGAGCCUUUGCUCCCGAGAGAUUGGCAGAUGCCGACUUUGACCCAAGUCGCCAGAAGAAGCAGCUGCCCUACCGCUUUGUCAAGGGACAGCUUGUUGCCCGGCCCACAUCGACAUCCGACAGCCUGAGCAACUUCUUUCAAGCCGUCUUUGGCAUCUAUGCAUCCUGGCUCUUGCUUUGUGUGCGCAUCCCUCCUGAGAAGGACACAUUUGACGAAGAAUAUCUGACAGACGACGACGAGGAAUGCCGACUAAGAGUUCGCGAUGUUUGCGCAUUCAGGGCGAAGAAUGUAGGCGCAGUCGAGGUCAUCUUCCGGGCUCUUUGCCUCUGUGGUUUGGAAGCUUGGCUGCUUUGCUAUGCCAGGCGAUUUGGCGAUGCCGUCCUUCUCAAUCUGCUGUAUCUAUGCUAUGCGCGCAUGGUGGCGAGUGUGGCCGCCUCUAGCGUUCCGACUCCAAUGCCUGAGAAGACGGACUGUGAUGCCGAGCUUAUGCCUGGACAAGAGAUGGAUGCUGCAGGGGCGGUGACGGCCGUCUUUGGAGUGCAGCAUGGCCCGCGCUGGGCACGGGCGCAGUGCACCACGCGCAGCACGGCCGCACCCAACAAGACCAAGCGCCAAAGGCGGCUCCGGCGUCGGGAGACGGCCGAAAGAGCCGACCGGGCCGAACGCGCCGAAAGGGGGUCCGAGAGGGCGGACAGUGGCACAGAGCCGGAAGGCCAGGAAGUGCAGGAAGUGCAGGAAGGUCAGGAAGCCCAGGAAGGCAAGGAGGUUUCCAUCGAAUCCCCCGAAGGACAGGACGGAUCCGAAGUCACGUCAUUCCCGUCUCCCGUCCACUCGGUCCACUCGGGGGAGUUGGGCGUGACGAGUUUCAGCGACCGAUUUCAACGACAGCUGCUGAAUGCAGGCGUGAUGCAUGUGCACCACUCCGCACUGCUCGAGCAGUCCGUGGUCAGCAUGUGCAGCUGCUUCCUAUCGGUGCUUUUCUUGAUGCACCUGCGUUGGACCUUCACGGGCAACUUGAGGAGUUUCUACGCAUCUGAGCCUUUGGAGCUGGUGCAGGCCUACGGUCUCCCGGACUCUCUGGACAGGCUCAUGGCUAUGGGAGCUGAGCUCCUCCUCAUGUGGCUUUGCUUUGAGCGCCUCUACGACAUCUCCAGCUUGCUGCAUGCCGCCUGCCUGGCCCUGAAGCAGCGGAACGCCGCGCUGCGCUUCAUGCGCGAGCACCAGCCACCCUGGCCCUUCACUGGUAGCCGGGAGGUGCCUUUGGAUCGAGCCACGAUCUACUGCGAAGAGGUCAUCCGCUGCAGUGACUUCGCCUUGGAGCUCUCAGAUGCGCGCUGGCGCAUUUUGCAAAGGCCCGUGGAAGUUGUGGUGGUCAUGGCCGAGGCUUUGCUCAUCCUGGCCUUGCUGCUCAUCACCCUCCCGUUUCUACCCUGGCCACAGGCUUCAGCGCACUUUGCCUCUUUCGGCUUCCUAGAGCCCGUUUUGGACCCGGUGGUGCCGCUGACCAUCGGGCUUGUGGUCGUGUCGCCAGCGGUCCACGCAAUGCUCCAGGCGCACUUCGCCAACACGGAGGUGGCACGACAGCAAGCGAUGCUCCGCAGCAAGGCCGACGCCGCGCUGUCGGCCAGUACGACGGCCAAAGUCGAGGAGGACGUCCCGUACGUGCGGCUGCGGAACUGCUCCCGGGAGGCCUUCGGCAAGGCCACGCUGCGGUGGAGCUCCGGAAGGGCCCUCGGCCUCUGGGAGCCGAUCCUUCUGCUCUACUUUGCGCUCACCGUCGUCGUCUUGGCAACGAUGACCAAGCUCAACUUCAUCGUCGUGUGA